AUGGAUUGGAAAUUCCUCCAGGAUCUUCUAAGUGGAGUCAACAAGUACUCCACUGCCUUCGGACGGAUAUGGCUAUCAGUAGUCUUCGUCUUCCGCGUGUUGGUUUUUGUGGUAGCUGCUGAGCGGGUCUGGAGUGAUGACCAGGGACACUUUGACUGCAACACCCGCCAGCCCGGUUGCACUAACAUCUGCUAUGAUCACUACUUCCCCAUCUCCCACAUCCGCCUCUGGGCUCUCCAGCUCAUCUUUGUCACCUGCCCCUCCUUCAUGGUGGUGCUUCACGUGGCCUACCGGCAAGAGCGGGAACGCAAGUACCGAGCUAAGCAUGGUGAGCACACUCAGCUGUAUGACAACCCGGGCCAAAAGCAUGGUGGUCUGUGGUGGACAUACCUGAUGAGCCUCUUCAUCAAGACCUUCUUUGAGAUCAUUUUUCUCUAUGUGCUGCACUACAUCUACGACAGCUUCAAGUUGCCCAGGAAGGUCCAAUGUGAUGUCAGUCCCUGUCCUAAUAUGGUGGACUGCUACAUAUCCAGACCCACUGAGAAGACCGUUUUCACCUACUUCAUGGUGGGAGCAUCUGUCUCGUGUGUGAUUCUCAACCUCUGUGAGAUUUUCUAUCUGAUUGCUGCCAGGAUGGUGAAUCUCAAACAACGAGGCAGCGUCCAGACCUCAUGUAGAAAGGUCCACCCCUAA